UACAAGCGUAAACACGCGCAAGUAUCACCCCAUGAAUGAUUGGUUCAUCAAACAGUACUAUUCAAUACUCCGAUCGCUGUGUAAUGUAAGGAUUUGCCAACGAAUAGUGAGCUUUUUUUUAUGAUCAUUGGCAUGGAAAUUGAGCUACAAUUAUGAUGAGGGAAUCAAUACACCUACUACUCUCAAUUUUGCUUCAAACAGUCGUCGACAAAUGCUUUGACUCCGUUCCACUCAAAUUCAUCGUCUUCUUCCAUUUUUUGCACGCGAUGGGAAGUUCUUGGCCGUGAUUAACUUCGCAAUCGAGGUCAGCAAUCGCCUGCGGUAUUUUGUGCGUCAAGCGUGGCUUUGCUUUGAUCUUAGUCGUCGUCAAUCGAGCUCCAAAACAUGGCAGAAAGUGGGCGUUCCACUCCUGGCAAUUCAAUAGAUAUUGAACAAAUCCUUUUAGAAGCAAAACAUCGAUGGCUACGCCCGGCCGAAAUAUGUGAAAUUCUCAAAAACCACCACAAAUUUUCUAUUGCUUCAGAGCCUGCUAAUAUGCCUCCAAGUGGUUCACUUUUUCUUUAUGAUCGAAAGGUGUUAAGAUACUUCCGCAAGGAUGGGCAUAACUGGAGGAAGAAGAAAGGAAAGGCGGUAAAGGAAGCUCACGAGAGGCUCAAGGCUGGAAGUGUGUACGUGCUGCAAUGUUACUAUGCACAUGGGGAAGAAAAUGAAAAUUUUCAGAGGCGCACUUAUUGGAUGCUGGAAGAGGAUUUAUCGCACAUAGUUCUUGUCCACUAUCUGGAAGUGCAGAGCAGUAGAGCAAAUUUCAAUCGUAUUCAGGGGACUGAUGAAGCUGCUCUCUUUUCUCGAGAAUCUGAAGAAACUACGAGCCAUUCAGGAAUGGACGCUUCUAAGUCCUGUAGGUUUCAUCCAUCUAAUUAUCAAAUACUUUCACAAACUACUGAUAUUAGCCUGAACAGUACGCAGGUAUCAGAAUAUGAAGAUGCUGAAUCAGAAUAUGGUAACCGAGAAAGUAAUGUUUUCCAUUCAUUUCUUGGAUUACAACGGUCUAACAAGGAAAGUACUAGUGGUGAGCCCUGUGAUCCAAACUAUCCUGCACCAUUAUCAGAAAACUUUACAGCCUUUGGUGGGAAUGGCUUUCCGACAUCAUCAGAUAGAAGUAAAGACAGCAAUCAUGCUGAAUCAAUUCAUGAGCCCCACAAGAACCUUUGCCUCUCUUCUGAUAAUGUCUUGAAAAGUGGUGCUACUGGAAUAUAUUCACCCCAUCUGCAGCCAUCAUUUUCUACAUCUCGAUCUAAAAUUUUAGACAAUGUUCCAAAACAAGGUGAUGAGAUAAUGGGGCUGCCCUUCUCUGAUAGAUGUAAAAGGGAAGAUUUUGGCAAUCACCUGCUUGCCCAGGAAGAUUGUGAGGCGAUAUUGGAGGGGAAAUCCAAGUCAAAAAAACAGCUUUUAUUGAAUGCUGUUGCUACUGAAUCUUUGAGGAAGAGUGAUAGUUUUAAUCAAUGGAUGAGCAGAGAACUAAGAGAUGUGAAGGAGGCAAGCAUGCAGUGCAAUUCUGGAGCACACUGGAAUAGUGUAGAAAAUGAGGUUGGUAAUUCCAGCAUCUCUUCUCAAGCGCAUCUGGAUACAUACAUGUUCAGCCGUUCCCUCUCCCAUGAACAGCUCUUCAGCAUUAUUGAUUUUUCACCAAGCUGGGCAUAUGAAGGUUCUGAAAUCAAGGUUUUGAUAUCAGGGAAAUUCUUGAAGAGUCAACAAGAAGUGGAAAAUCUUAAAUGGUCUUGCAUGUUUGGCGAGGUGGAAGUACCAGCGGAAGUUAUAGCAAAUGGUGUAUUGCGAUGUUUUACUCCCAUACACAAGGCUGGGAAGGUUCCCUUUUAUGUUACACGUUCCAAUAGAUUAGCUUGUAGUGAAGUGCAAAACUUUGAAUACCGAGUUAAGUGCAUUCAAGAUGCGGAAGUUAUGUACGAUACUAGCAUCACAAACGAAGCAUUUGCUUUGCGUUUCGUAAAAUUGCUAUGUCUGAGCUGUUCAGAUACUUUGAUUGCUGAUCCCAACAGCUCUAGUGACAGAUCAGGCUUUAAUAAAGUCCGUGAAUUGCUAAAAGUUGACAAUAGUGAAUGGGAUCAGUUCAUGAAGCCUAGGUGGGAUGAGAAUGUUUCCCUCGGAAGCACAAAAGAGUUGCUGCUUCAAAGGCUACUUAAAGAGAAGUUACACGUAUGGCUAUUGCAGAAAGUAAGGGAAGGUGGGAGAGGCCCUAGCGUACUAGAUGAGCAUGGUCUAGGUGUGCUACAUUUUGCUGCUGCACUUAACUAUGAUUGGGCCCUUCUACCGGCAGUCGUUGCUGGUAUAAACGUCAAUUUUCGUGAUGCAAAUGGAUGGACAGCACUACAUUGGGCUGCAUUCUUUGGCAGAGAACGUACAGUUGCUGCCCUCAUUUCUCUGGGUGCAGCUCCAGGAGCAUUAACAGAUCCAAACCCCAAGUACCCAUAUGGCAGAACUCCUGCAGGUUUAGCAUCCUCAAAUGGGCACAAAGGCAUUGCUGGUUAUCUUGCAGAGUCGGCCCUAAGCGCCCACCUGGAAUCUCUAAACUUCGAUAAUAAAAAAAGCAAGGCUGUUGACACUUGUGGAGAAAAGGCAGUACAUACAGCUUCUGAGCGUGUCGCCACUCCACACCAGGGCAAUGAUAUGCAUACAUUGUCCCUCAAGGAUUCAUUAGCUGCCGUAUCCAAUGCUACUCAAGCUGCUGCGCGUAUUCAUGAGGUUAUGAGGAUGCAAUCCUUCCAAAAAAAGCAAUUGCUCGACCUGUCGAAUUAUCAGCCUCUUUCACUUUUACUAGUUAAGAGACGUAAUUCAGGAUCACAUGAUGAACAUGCUGCUGCCAUUCGCAUACAAAACAAGUUCCGCAGUUGGAAGGGCAGAAAAGAUUUUCUAAUAAUCAAGCAGAGAAUUGUUAAAAUUCAGGCCCAUGUAAGAGGCCACCAGGUCCGAAAGAACUAUAGGAACAUUGUGUGGUCAGUGGGAAUUCUGGAGAAGGUUAUUUUGCGUUGGAGAAGAAAAGGAAGUGGGUUACGAGGAUUUAAGGCAGAAGCACUUUCUGAGGACUCCAGCAAGCAAAAUCCAUCAGUAACAGAGGAUGACGACGACGAGUUUUUUAAAAAAGGCAGAAAGCAGACAGAAGAAAGGCUGCAGAAGGCUCUUGCUAGAGUUAAGUCUAUGGUGCAAUAUCCAGAGGCAAGGGAUCAAUACCGCAGGCUGUUAAAUGUUGUCACGGAGAUGCGACAAACAAAGGUGAAAGAUGGGGUUGUAGACAAGGUAGAUGAAACAGCUGAUUUUGAUGAUCUAAUUGACAUUGAAGCCCUGUUGGAUGAAGAUGCUUUCCUGCCUAAUGCAUCUUCUAACUUUAGUGUAUAGUAAAAUAAUGUCACUCUUUUUCCCUCUAACAGUAUCCUCUCUGUUCUAGAAAAUUAUAAUUUAGAGGUUGGAUGUCAGUACAAAAAGCCCUUAUGAAGAGUGGUUAUUUAUGUAACAAGCAGAAGUCAUCAAAUUAACUGUGAACUAAAUUAUUCUUUUGAUUUGGCAUAU